UUGUCAGCAAUGAAGUCUUUCCUGCUCCGCUCUCAUAGUGAACUAUCCUUCUUCAAAGUGGGAAUAUAGAAUAAUGGGAAUUUUAAGCACUUCCGAUGGGGGCGGAUUAGUUAGCAGUCUUGCCGGUGGGUUAUACCCGGGUAACAGCGGUCUCUGCGUGUUCACUUGUGCCGCCAUCCUCUCCGCGGCGGGGGCUGUGGCGUCCCUCAUGGACUUGGAUAUCGGGUCGGAAAGCGCCUUCUUCGCCACGACGGGAUUGGGAGCGCUGUGUUUUGCGGAUUGUCAGUAUUUAAGGCUGGUGCAGGAAAGGGGCGGAAUUCAUGGCAAGGCUGCGUUUGGGAAUCGAGAUGAGCCUCUCCCAGCCGUCGGAUGGACACCAGGAGACGCCAGCGGGGGAGGUCGGCGUAGAAGAAAAACACUCCCUGCGCAGGCGCACCACCCGCAGGACGAAGAUGUAUUGGCGCGCCACUCCCUCAAGAAUAAGCGGGAAUCCAGUUCGUAAAUUUAGUAUUCCUGAAACCACAGCUUGAAAAAGAGUUUCUAAAAAAACCUGUUCUGAAUAUUGUCAUGUGUAUUCUGCAAAAGAUGUGUGACAAUUUCUGACCAUAUUUAUUUAUUUCAAGACUAGUUCAACUAACUAACAAUGUGAUCACGCCAGUGCAGUGGUCUUGCUCCGAGUUUAACGAAAUAACUUAAAUUAUGUAUGUAACCUUUCAUAAAUAAUUUAACACGAGUUUCACGAUUUUUCAUAAUCAUCCAUUUAAACGAAAUUAUGAUGGAAAUCGUAAUCUAGAAUUUUUAGUUUGUCCCUCGCGAGAAAAAUUUCACACUAAAAAUACAAAUCUUGUUUAACGGAUUCCAUCAUAAUUUUUAUUAAAAAUGAAUUUAUUAAAACUGAAUAAAAGUUUAAACUGUGCACUAUGGUAAUUCCUGAAACGAGAUUAAUUAUUUGUCAAAGAAUACAGUUGGAGUACAUGUCUUACAUAUUCUAAAUCAUUGUUCCACUCCAAUGUUUUUGGUGCUUUUAUGUAUUAAAAUAAAUCAUAUUUUCGUCAUU